UAAGGGGGAGGGGCCUUCAUUGCCCCCUAUCUCACGGUUCCAGCGCAACACUCUUCCUGCAGACAACAUACACACUGCACGAGGCGCUUCGCUCACACUCCAGCAGCACGUCGCCACAGCUGUAGCAGCGCUGCUCAGUCUCCGGGGGCUGUGGGAGAUCCGAGCGAACAGGGAAGCAGGGCCCACGGGGAGUCGGGGACCCAGCAGUGUGAGGCUUGGCAGGAGUCAGGACAUUCACACCGAGCGAACACCGGGGGGAAGCCGACACUGAGAGAGGAAGAAGGGAGGGAGGCACCUUCUAAAAAAGGCACACAACUCUCUCUUUCCUCCAAAUUUCAAAAACACUUCCGCGUUAAAAUGGCUGACCGCGAGCAGGGCAGCAGCGACGGAGAGAGCUCGAGCACCGGGGGAUCCGAGCGGCGGGAGAGCGGGGCCGCGAGGGGCUUCGCGCGCCAAGGAGCUCUGCGCCAGAAGAACGUGCACGAGGUCAAGGACCACAAGUUCAUCGCGCGCUUCUUCAAGCAGCCCACGUUCUGCAGCCACUGCACGGACUUCAUCUGGGGGUUCGGGAAGCAAGGUUUCCAGUGUCAAGUGUGUUGUUUCGUGGUCCAUAAACGCUGUCAUGAGUUCGUCACCUUCUCCUGUCCAGGGGCCGACAAGAACGCAUCAGACGACCCGAGGAGUAAACACAAGUUUAAGGUCCACACUACUCCAGCCCUACGUUCUGUGACCACUGUGGAUCCCUACUCUACGGGUUGAUACACCAGGGCAUGAGAU